AAUAGUAGACAUCACUGUGCUCUGACAUCGACUCAUUUCUUUGCGCGGAUUUUCUUUCUUUCUUUCUUUCUUUCUUUUUUAUCUCUGCAGAUCAAGAGAACAAAAACCAGAGUAAUUGAUUCCAAUACGCGUAGUGACGAUUAAUCAUACUUCUUCACCCACUACCCAAAACCCCAUCUGGGUCGUUGAGUUUUAUCUGCAAUUUUUCGAUUUCCCAUUAAAGUCUCUCUUUCUUGAUUGUUUUCACUGUUUAUCUCUCUCUGUUCCUGAGCAGAGUUUGUUCUGCUUUAAUGUCUGUUUAAUUGAAUUUUUAAAGUUGUGCGUUUGUUGUUGUUGGGUUUCUCUCAAAAGCAUGUUAUUUGCUUGCCUCCCAAAUGAGGGCAUCUGUUGAGAUUUCUUGAUCUGUUUUGUAACACUCAUUUAUGAACUUGUCUUUUAGUUAAUUUUGUUGAUAUGUGUUACUUGAAAAUCGUGACGAUGUAAGUGGGCUUUGUAUUUGUGAGUCUUUGUUCGGUUCUUUGAUAAUUUUGAUAUAUAUAUAUAUACACACACACAUAUAUAUAUAUAUAUAUAUAGAGAGAGAGAGAGAGAGAGAGAGAGAGAGAGAGAGAUGAUGGGAUCUGGAAAUGGGUUCUACUCUGUGGGAGAGUUCAAUUUAGAUCCCAAGUGGUUGGUUGAUCCAAAGCUUCUCUUUGUUGGGCCCAAGAUUGGAGAAGGUGCUCAUGCCAAAGUGUAUGAGGGAAAAUAUAAGAACCAGAAUGUUGCAAUUAAAAUUAUUCAUAAAGGGGACACCCCAGAGGAGAUUGUGAAGAGGGAAGGUCGGUUUGCAAGAGAGGUUGCAAUGCUAUCUAGAGUUCAACACAAGAACUUAGUGAAGUUCAUUGGAGCUUGUAGGGAACCUAUCAUGGUGAUUGUAACUGAACUUCUACUGGGUGGAACAUUGCGAAAAUAUUUGCUGAACAUGCGGCCAAGGUGCUUAGAUAUGCAUGUUGCAAUUGGGUUUGCAGUUGAUAUUGCUCGUGCAAUGGAAUGCUUACACUCUCAUGGGAUUAUACACCGUGACCUGAAGCCUGAUAACUUACUCUUGACAGCAGAUCACAAAACUGUUAAACUUGCGGAUUUUGGUUUGGCAAGAGAAGAGUCAUUAACAGAGAUGAUGACUGCUGAAACCGGAACUUAUCGUUGGAUGGCUCCCGAGCUUUACAGCACGGUUACUUUGAGGCAUGGAGAGAAGAAGCAUUAUAAUCACAAGGUGGAUGCCUAUAGCUUUGCAAUUGUUUUGUGGGAGCUCAUUCAUAAUAAGUUACCCUUUGAAGGCAUGUCAAAUCUACAGGCAGCCUAUGCUGCUGCUUUCAAAAAUGUGAGGCCUAGUGCCGAUGACCUCCCAGAAGAUCUGGCUUUAAUCGUGACUUCAUGUUGGAAAGAGGACCCAAAUGCUCGGCCCAACUUCAGCCAAAUUAUACAAAUGCUUCUAAACUAUCUCUCUGCGAUUUCACCACCAGAGCCUGCUGUCCCACCUCGGAUUUUCGCUUCUGAGAAUGCUGUGUUGCCACCGGAGUCACCUGGUACGAGUUCAUUGAUGCCUGUUAGAGAUGACUCUGCGGAAACAACCCCAAUGGAAAACGAGCCACAAGGUUUCUUCUUCUGCUUCCGCCAGUGCUACUGAUCCCCAAAGGGCCACAAUUACUCCACGGAAUAGCAAAAUGAAGUUUGAGGAAGAAUAGCCUCAGCUGCCAUAGGAUGCCUUUUAUUUGAUGAUAUUUUUGCUGAAGUUGCAUACCAAUAAUUGAUAUUGACUUUGAUAUAUGUUCUGACUGAGAUACAAAAAUAAGAAAGAAAAAAAAGAAGUUAUUUUGGAGUUGGGGUUGCUGUGAUGUAUUAUAGUUGUAAAAUUAGGUCCAUCCAAAGGCCUUUGACUCCAUUUUUAGUGUAAGAAUCUCCAUGACUAAUGACAUUCAGGUGCUAUUUCUCUUGUUA